UCGGCGCUCUCGCUUUGGGGCUCGGGGGCCCGCGGGGGGCCCCUGAGCGGCCCCCGCCCCAACAUGACGGACCAGGAGCUCUUCUGGGGCGCCGACCAGUACGACUUUUCGGUGGUUCUGCCCGCCGCUGGGAUGGACUGCUUCUGGCACUUUGCGCACCACGGGGAGAAGUUCUACCUCAGCUUCGUGGUGCAGUGGGUGACGGGCGUGGGCCACGACCGCCACCUGUCCGUCACGGUCAACGCUCCCAGCGGACUGCUGCUUUCCACGGUGGAUGACGCCAACGGGCAAAUCGACCUGGACGUCCGCGAGACCGGCUUCUACCAGAUGUGCUUCAGCAACUUCCACAACCGCUUCGGCAGCAUGCAAUUGUCCCUCAGCUUCGGCGUUUACUUCGAGCAGGCCCCGCAAAAACAGCAGCACGACGCCGCCGACAACGCCAAGAAGCUCAACGACACGCUGAGCAUGAUCGAGGCGUCGGCCCGCCGCGUGGAGAACGCCGUGUUCCACAUGUUCCGCCACUACAACGCGGGCCGCCUGCGCCGCGGCGCCGACGACUUCUUGCUGACGUCCAAGCGGCGCCGCGUCGGCUGCUGCUCGGCCUCCCUCGCCGUCGUGAUCGUGCUGGCCGGAUACGUGCAGCUGCGCUUCCUCAAGAGCUUGUUCGCGCAACGCGAGAACGGCGGCGGCGAGCCGCGCGCCUGCUGACAUUUGGCCAACCGUUGGCUCCAAAAGUCAAUUGCGAUUUGUUUUUGUUUGGGUUUCCCUUGUGCGGGGAAAAAAAAAGAAAAAGAUUCCUUUGUGGUCCAAAAAUGAAUACUUUAGAGGUGUAACAAUUUGUCAAUGAAUCAACCACGAAUCUAUGGUCAAAUUAGUGGCUUCAUUAUGAUAAUCAGUGAAUUGUUUCGAUUCCUUUUUUGAUUUCAAUUGUUGGAAUUUCAGCUUCUCAACAGUCAAUACGAUCACAUUUCUGCAGUUCUCCACGAAGCAGGACCGGUUAUCUUUGUGUUGAGUCCAAAAUGUUUUCGGCGUGCGAUUCAUCGACAAAAUCAUCCAGAGAUGAAUCGAUGAUUAGAAUAACGCUGAGUUCAAAACAAUGAAUUGGCGCGUCCGGCCCUUGCCAUGCGUACGAACACAAUCAUAGCAACAGAAGCCAUUUUACACCCAAAAGGGAUUCAUACCACACUACUUUUGCGUUUGUUCCCUUUUUUUUUUCUCCCUUCCCUGAAAAUUUUUCCCUUGGAUUCAUUUGCAACAUCUCCACCAGAAACAAUUCUGAAAAAAAAACUCUUUUGUCCGAACUUGAAUGUCAACGUGAUUUUGAAUAAAUGGAUUUUUGAAAAAGUCGCUUCGACAUGCA